GCGUGAGUAAUUGAUUUUUCGGAACUCCCAUAUCGUAUAAUUGGACUGAGUUUCUCAAAGUUAAACGUUCGCGCGAUCUUACCGACUAUUUUUCGAAUCGAUGGUAAGCGCGAUGACCUCACGGGACGAAAAUCUCUAGGUCACGGGCGGGAAAGUCCCUAUAUGGUGUCGCAUCCGCGAAAAGAAGACACGCGAUGGAAAGCGUAAAUAUUUACAUCUCUUGAGUGUACGCUGGCGCAUUUUUUUAUUUGUAAUCAUGAUAGACGGGAACAUCUCAAUGGAGGAGGACACGGAACUACGGGACCUGGUGGUGCAAACUCUGGAGAACAACGGCGUCCUCGCUAAAGUACGGGCGGAACUCAGGGCGAGCGUGUUCCUGGCUCUCGAGGAACAGGAUUCGGUAAUGAAUCCUGAGCCACUUCUCAACAAAACUGUCAAGCAGUACCUGUCCAAUUCAGAAGGGAAAUUAUUGUUUUGCUUGGUUAGAGAGUUCCUAGAAUACUUUGGUCUCGACUGUACUAUAUCUGUAUAUGAUCCUGAGACAUACUUUGGGAAAGAAUACAAUUAUGUAGGAAGAAAUAAGUUGUGUGAGGAAUUAGGUAUUGAUUCAACCGAGCCAUUACUUGGUGAGAUUCUCAAGAACAGCAUCAAUGGUGCCUUUAAUAGUACACAAAAGAGUAACAAAAGUAGUAACAGACACGAUGAGACCGAUGAAACCUCGACGAACUUUGUGAACACGACAUUUGAGGUAUCCGUGCCCAAGAUAAUACACAAUGAAUCCGUAUCGUCAUCCAACGACAAUGACUCUUCCGAGAAGCUGGAGAGCGUCUCCGAGCAGAGCCCGAAAGUUCCAAUAAACGUGACAAUAACGGACAAGAAAUGCAAAGAUCCAGCGACCAGCGACGUUGUGACGAACAUGUCGGAUUGUGAUAAGCAACAGUCCGCUCUCAGGGAGAACGCAACGGACAAUGACGGAAUUGAAAGUAAUAGGAACAAUAAUGUGAAUUUUGAUAAAACUUCUACAUGUACGACGACGACGACGAAUGUCGCGGCGCGAGAGAACGACACUACAGUCACUACGUCCAAUCAAACGAGUCCGUUAAACAAAUCCGAGUCCCUAAUUAAGUUCGACGAUUCUAUAGUAAUCGACACGCAAACAAAUCAAAAGAAAGAUAUAACUAAGCAAAACAGUAUAAAUAGUUUGGAGCUAAGCCUAGGCAAUAAUGUACACACGCAACAUAAGAAGCCGGUCAAUGCAGGAGGUAACUUCGGGAAGACUAUAUUUUUCGACGAGAUCAUUGUCGACGGUGAGCGGAAGAAUGUUAGUACAAUGCAUAAGGCCGAGUCUUUUUUAGAAGAUCUGCCGGCCAUCAAUCAGAAGGCUGGUUCUAUAUUCGGCGAUUUACCGCCAUUGAACGGCAAAAAAGCCAACAUCAACGAUCUGAAGGAGUUGAUGGAUAUCGGGCUUGCUACAGACGGCAUAGAUAAUUACGAAGAAGACUUCGUGUCAUCUGCGUCAGGUAGCGCGAAUGAGCAGAGUCCUUCCAAGGAGCCGGACAAGAUAGACAGCUCCCCGAACCCACGAACGAAGAAGGAGGAGAAAACUCAAAGUGCCCGUACCGAGGAUCUGAGCGAAGAGAUCGAGGAGAUGGACGAAAUCUUGAGUAGUACCUCCUGUAAAUCUCGAAACUUGGAGUAUCGGAUUGACGAUUGGGAGAGGCAACAAUUUUUCGUGGCCGUGCAACAAAUGGAGUUAGACGAUGGUGCUCAAAAUUCGAACAACGCGGAGCCCUCGCUGCUGCGUACGAAAGGCAAGGUAAAAACAUCCGCAUGCCUGAAGAAAAACUCCACGUUCGGCCAAGCAGAUACGAAUAAAUGCGGCAAUGACGACACAUGUGUCAAUGAACGUUGUGAACAUUCUUUGAAUAUUCCACCGAAAGUGUCUCAAUCAUCUUGCAGGCGAGUCUCACAAAACGGUCUUACAGAAUACGAAUUCGACAUAGAUAUCGUUCAAGCGAUCGUUUACCUGAAAUCAAUCACCGUCUCUCAGUUGUCGACCAAACGACUGCAACAAAUAUACAACAGCCAAUGGAGCACACAAGAUAAUCAUACCGAAAAUGAAGGUAGGAAUGAACAACAAAGUACGAAACACUUAAAAUGUUUAAACAUUGAGAAGCCAUCGACAUCCAAAGUGAUCGACACUCAGGACAUAUUGAUGUUAACUCCACGAAAUGUAACCGAUCUUCCGUGCAAUUCUCCGCCUGGAGGUUUGAUUAGAUCACUCUCCACCUCGAAAGAAGCAGAAAUCGACGUUCUAAGCUUCGGCUCGAUGAACAACAUAAACAAAUCGCCUGUUUCUUCGGUGCAAAACAAAUGGGAUAGUUAUAUCAUGGAAUCCGAUUCUGGAAUUCUAGCAAUGGACAAAAAGUUGUCAUUCAAUUCAAAUUUCGAUGCAAAUGAGACUUUUGACAGCUUGGCCGAGUUUCAAAUGUACAACUUUAAACUCGAUAAAAUUACCGAGUAUUUGACCCCGCCUACGUGGGACUAUGCCGAAAGAGCGAACGAAGAAGUUACGAGAAACAUGGUUGAUACUGCAAAUGUUCCCGGCAACGACUUCGCAGAUCCCCUUUUCCCCUGGAAGGCAUCUUGCACGCAAACUACUGAUCAAAACGAGCAACAUAAACUUACCUCGUCGACACCAAAGCAAUCUGAUGAAACGAAUAAUUUCUUUCAGUUGCGUUCUUUUUUCGACGAAGCUUUCAUAACACCUAACGUGAUAACCCAACCGACGCCGCACAGUAUAUCUUCGCCAACAUUCAACUACAGUUCCAAGAAUUUGAAUAUAACUCCUCUAGACAAUCUAUCUCUAGGCAGUAUCGACUCGAAACUAAAUAAGCUGCAAGAUUUCGACAAUUUCCAAACUGGAAAUCACUCACGAUCGCGUACGGAUGUUUACAAUAAUGAUAGGAGCUCAUUCAAGAUUAAAUUUGACGAUCUCAACAAAUCUAAUACGCCAGUGAGUAAUGUACGUAAUUCGCGGUGCGAUAGCGCGUACGGCACUGAAAUACAUCAUUGCCAUGUUGAUGAAACGACGAAGCCUGCUGCCAAUAAGGGCGUAUCGCAUAACAAUACUAGACAUUGUUAUAACUUGCGAUCAUCCAAGAAGAAGGAAACAGCUAUGAAUUCAAUCGAAGUAAUGUGUAAUAGAAUGGAAACACUCUGUAUUAAGUAUAAAGAGCAACCUUCUGUAAAGAAACGUAGUUGUCUGCGCAAGUGGUUGGACUUCAACCAAGAUUACGUUAUGGAAUAUAUUAUUCUCGAAUCGGUCAGAGUAAUUCUCACGACUGUCAGCGACGAGAAAAUGGCAGAAGAAUACGCGACAUAUAGACGUUGGAAGAAUAAUCUGAUAGGAAAAGCCGUGAACGCAGUAUUGAAUAUGUCUGAUGCUCUUAGAUUAGAAGGAAAGCCCGACAUAUGUAGGAAACCGAUCAUAACGAUGGUGACUGAAACUCUGGAUAAGAUCGCAACAUGUAUGCGAUCGAACAAGGCAUAUCUAUCUCAGGUAUAUCGCGUACAGAUAAUCCUGGAGCUGUGCAACUCUGUGUCAGUAUGCGUCGCAACAAUCGAUCAUUUGAUAGCGAGGUUGAAGUCGUUUUGGUCCAUGCUAAGCCAGGAAACGGAGAUUCGGCGGGACAUACGUGGCACAGUUAAUCAGCUGCAUUUCGUGUUUUACGCGUUGAAUAUCGCUUUGCGAAAGUAUCGCGCGAUCGUACCAAACGAUGGAAAAGCCGCCGAAAUCUCGAUUUCUCAAGUCGCGGAUCUUUGGAAGACGCGCUACAUCGACGAAAAACUCCGACACGCGAAAUUGAAUGUGAACGACGUGGAGGAGCGAUGGCGUAUCGUAUUGGAAGACUUGACAGUAGCGUCUACGGAAGACUUUAUACAAUUUGCUGCCAAGGAAUUGCUGUCCUCAAUUCACGUGUUGAACUCGCAAUUUCGAGCGAAACGCGACACUUUUAGCGCACAAAUCAUUUAGUUAAAAAUAUAUACGUAGUUUUUUUUAUCA